UUCCUUUUCCCAUCUUAAACCUAUCCUUCUUUUGUUUUUUAAUUUUAAGGGAGAAUUAAAAACCAAUCAAUUUGUAGAUAAGUUUGACCGAACCAUCAUACCUGCAACCCUAACUUUCUGUGUGUGCCUAAGUUUGAGUACUUCUCAUAGACGAGCGCUUCCCUGUGUCACGGUUCUCUGACUGGUUCCUCCGAUUUCUUACUUUGUGUCAAUCCAUUUGUUAGUUUAUCUUUGUUGCAUUACACUGUGUAAGAGUUUGAUCUCCUUAUGGAAGAAGUGUUUCCUCCGUAUCAUGUUUUUAUUAAUCACAGAGGACCUGAUGUCAAGAAAACCCUUGCCAGUCAUAUCUAUUAUGCUCUCGAAACGCAUGGAUUGAGGGCAUUUCUCGAUAAACAGGAAUUGCAAGUGGGGGAUUUCUUAACCCCUGCAAUUCAAUCUGCCAUUCGUAGUGCCUCCGUUCAGAUCGCCAUUUUCUCCAAAACAUAUGCGCAAUCCCCGUGGUGUUUGGAUGAGCUGGUAUGGAUGCUUGAUUCUGACCCAACUUCUAUUAAGAUCAUCCCCAUAUUCUAUGACAUCGAACCUUCAGAACUUCGUCAUGUGGAGAAGGGAGCAUAUGCCACAGCCUUUGAGGAGCAUAGAAGGAAAGGCAGGGUUACCGAUGAACGAGUGGAAAGCUGGAUAAAAGCCCUCGAAAAAGUUUCUGCUAUUUCUGGCAUCCCAUUCAGGACAGAGAUAGACGACCAUGGAGAGCGAUUGAAAGAAAUCGUAGAGACUGUAUUAGUAAAGGUAGGAAGGGAACAACUGCAUGUAUGUGACUACCCAGUGGGACUUCGCCAAGCGGCAGAGCAUUUUGAAAAGGUGGUUCUGAGUCGAAAUGAAUCAAAGAGCACCCACGUUGUCGGGAUUUUGGGGCUAGGCGGAUCGGGAAAGUCAACUCUGGCUACUCAUCUCUACAACUCCAUGUGUUCCCAAUUCCAGAGAUGUUGUUUCUUGUCUGAUGUGAGUAAAGAGAAAAUACCAUGUCUGCAGCAAACACUCAUCAGAAAUCUGCUGCGUGAUAAGAAUUUGCGUAUUGAGGAUUCGCGUAAAGGUAAGGCCUUGCUUCAAGAUCGUCUGCGAGGGUUGACACGCGUUUUGAUUGUUUUUGAUGAUAUAGAUAAUACAGAGCAAAUAGACUAUCUGUUAUGUGUAAAGGAUGUGGUGGGAAAUGGCAGUCUGAUUUUGGUGACAUCUAGAGACCAAACUUUGUUUGUCAGUUCUAAAAUAGAAAUAUACAAUGUCAAAUUACUAGUUGAGAAACAAGCCCAAGAGCUAUUCUGCUGGUAUGCCUUCGGCAACACCAAACCAGUCGACGAUUUGAAAGAUAUGGUGGAAGAGUUGGUUAGAAUGUGUGGUGGUUUUCCUUUGGCUUUGAAAAUUUUAGCAAGGCAGCUCCAUAAUGAACGUGACCCAAGAAAGUGGAAGCAGCAGUUGGAAAGCCUCCGUAAACAACUGCCGAAAGACGUACUACGAGGGAUAGUAAUGGAUAGCUAUGAAUCUCUCGACAUUAAAGAGAAAGAGGCCUUUUUAGACGUUGCCCAUUUCUUAAUGGGAGAAGACAGAGAUCUGGUGGAGAGGGUUUUGGAUGGAUUUAAUGAUAACGGUUUUCAAUGCCUUCAGACGCUCCGUCAGAAAUGCCUUGUGGAAUUUGAGCUUGCAGAUAUAAUUCGUUCAAGAGCGUUACAGGUUGAAAGCGUGGAUUGGAGUGUAGGUAUUUGGAGAAGAGCAAAGGGGAGCUUCAAAAUAAGAAUGCACGAUUUAGUGAGGGACUUGGCAAGACAAAUCGGCAGACAGCAGUUACCUCUUCGCCUCUGUUGUUCAAACGAUAAAAUGAUCUCCACACGGUACCACGUCUCCACGCAAAAGUACGAAGUACGAGGAAUUCGUAGAGAUGAAUCCCAUGAGUUGCCCGUAGUUUUGCUUAAUCAAGAUAUAUACGGAUUAAACAUUCUAGCGGUUCAAAAUUCCACUAUCCUGCAGCAAUUCAAUAGUGUGUCGGGAGACUUGAUAUGGCUUCGCUUCAGUGGAUCCAAGGACACUUCAAAUCAUUCUGCGCUCUCAUUGAGAAGUUCAAGGAAUACUUCUGCUCUUUUACAGAGAAGUUUAAAUGGUCCUUCUGCUCUUUUACAGAGAAGUUUAAGGAAUACUCCUUCUACUCUUUUACUGAGAAGUUUAAGAGUGUUGGAACUUCAUGGCGUCAGCCCUCAAGAUAUCUGCAACUUGUUUGAUGAUUGUGAGCUUCCUUCGGAACUGCGUGCAUUGGAAGUCGCAUUCAAUCGAGAUUUUGGAAGCGCAAGCACGAGCAUAGCUGGACCAUCCACUGCCGUGUUCAAAAAAUAUGGUUCAACUAUUCCAAUAGGUAUUGGACAGACGUUUCAUUCAUGGUUAGGAAAGCUGAAUUUCAGGAAUUUGGCGAUUUGGAGGUUUUGCCAAAUUCUUUUACGGAAGAAUUAUUGCAACUCCAAUAUUUAGCAUUGCGAGAUUGCAGGAAGCUUGUUCUCCAAGAUUUGGGAAAAAUCUCCAUGCUCGAGACCUCGACUUUCAGGGUUGCUCCAUGCUAAAGGAAAUGCCCAAAGGAACUGAGGUUCAGAAGUCUUUAAAGCAUUUAAAUGUGGUCCAUACUGAUCUGAGGAAACUGCCUGACAAUCUUGAAGAACUGGAAGAACUGGAAGAACUAAAUAUAGGGAGCUCGGGAUUGACAGAGAUGCCAUCUUCUCUAUAUAAUUUGAGCAGGUUAACAGAUUUAACUCUGAUAGGGUGCACUAAUCUACUUCUUAUUGGCAACUCUAUUGAAAAGUUAGUACAUUUGGAAAGUUUCAGAAUAUAUAAAUGUGGAGUGAGAACGUUACCUGUAACAAUUGCACGGGUGAAUAUGAAAAUUUUGGAUGUUCAAGAUUGUCCACUUGAUAUGGAGCAGUUGCUGACAGGAGUGGAUCCAGGAAAUAUGCCUCUGGAUAGUUCUCAGGUGCAGGGAAGUAUUGGUCAGAGUGCUCGUCCAAAUCGCCCAGGUUGUUUAACAGAUUUAAUCAUAAGACACAGCCGCAUUCUAGAGAUAGACAUUCCUCAAGCCGAAAGUCUUUUUCCAAAUCUUGAAAUUCUUGAUCUGUCCGACAAUCGUCUUUUGACAGAGAUUGGAAGGUUACCGGCCAAUUUGACGAGUCUGAAACUGACGAACUGUUCACAGCUGACAAGACUGGCAUGCCUCUCUAACCUGGCAAGACUCAGAGUUCUUGACAUAAGCGGAUGUGGUGAACUAGAGACACUUAAUGUGGGAGGUCUGAAAUCAAUACAAGUUAUUAAAGCCAAUAGGUGUCGGCAACUGCAAAGCUUUGAGGGUCUGGAUCUAUUGGAACAGUUAUCCUGUUUUCAAAUCUCCGUUGGACCAUCGUGGAUGCCGUUACCAUUUCUCCGUAGGCAUCUGGUGAGUCGAACCCUUUUUUCCCUAUAAAAGAAUUCUAGAACAUUUAUUUUACCUGAAAAAAAUCCAAAACAUUUUUUUCCCUGAAAGAAUUCUAAAACACAUUUUUUUCCCUGAAAGAAUUCUAAAACAUUCUUUGCCC